AAUACACCGUUUCCUUCAUCCGCCUCCACGAUCCAUCUGCAAUUCGAAAUACCAUAUCCAAGACAUGGAUCCUAUGCCUGAGCCAGUCAGUUACCUAUGCGGUGAUUGUGGAAUUGAGAAUACUUUGAAGACUGGUGAUGUUAUUCAGUGCCGUGAUUGUGGUUAUAGAAUCCUUUACAAGAAGCGCACCAGACGUAUUGUGCAGUAUGAGGCUCGUUAAGGAACUUUUUUGUUCCAUGUUAUAACUAAUAUUGGUGUGUACAAACUGUUAUGAACAUUUUUUUUGUGAUAGGUUUUAUUGAUGGGUUAGCCUCACUAUCCGUUUCCUUCCAUGUGGUUUCUCCUAUCGUGGACUAUAUACUAAAAAUUGUAAAAUGAAGAAUUUGGGAUCAUUUCUUGUCGGUUUUAAUCCUGAUUUGUUUGUGUUUGAUGUUA